UCUUCUCACUCUUAACAUUUCAAGUAAAAUGGGAGUUUUGGGUUUAGCCAUUGCUGUGCAGCUGGUCCUACUGGCGGCGACUCAUGCUCAGGCGAGAAUCCCCGGAGUUUACACCGGCGGUGGCUGGGAGACGGCGCACGCCACCUUCUACGGCGGCAGCGACGCCUCUGGAACAAUGGGCGGCGCGUGUGGGUACGGCAACCUGUACAGCCAAGGGUACGGCGUGAACACGGCGGCGCUGAGCACGGCGCUGUUCAACAAGGGGUUCAGCUGCGGCGCGUGUUUCGAGAUCAAGUGCCGCGACGAGCCGCGCUGGUGCCAUCCGGGCAGCCCGUCGAUCUUCAUCACCGCCACAAACUUCUGCCCGCCCAACUACGCCCUGCCCAACGACAAUGGCGGGUGGUGCAACCCGCCCCGGCCCCAUUUCGACCUCGCCAUGCCCAUGUUCCUCAAAAUCGCCGAAUACCGCGCCGGAAUCGUGCCGGUGUCGUUCCGCCGCGUCGCCUGCCGGAAGAAGGGCGGCGUCCGCUUCACUCUCAACGGAUUCCGCUACUUCAACCUUGUACUCGUCACCAACGUCGCCGGCGCCGGCGACAUCGCCGCCGUCAUGGUGAGGGGGUCCGGCACCGGCCGGUGGCUGUCACUCAGCCGUAAUUGGGGGCAGAAUUGGCAGUCGAACGCUGUCCUCGUUGGCCAAACGCUGUCGUUUCGGGUCCGGGCCAGCGACCGCCGGAGCUCAACGUCGUGGAAUAUUGUUCCGGCGAACUGGCAGUUUGGUCAGACGUUUACUGGGAAGAAUUUCAGAGUGUGACGUGGAAGACAGGCUGGCAAUUAAAAAUUAAUCAUUAUUAUUAUUAUUAUUGGAUUUGUCAAAUUUUGUGAUUUUCAAUUUUCGCGGGCGAGGGGGCGUGAAUUGAGGGAAUUUGUUAAAGUAAAAGGGUACGUAACGUGUAUUAAUGAAGCUUGAAGUGGCUGCAAAAUGGUGUGGCCCUCAGCUUGCUUUUGCUAUUCCUUGUUUGUUUGGUUAUUUUUUCAACGACAAGAAAAGAAUUGAAUCUAA